UUUUAUCCCUAGUGGCUUUACAUUUAUGUAUUUUUCAUUACUGUUUUUUGCUUUCAAAUUUUCAAUGAAUAUAUCGAGUUUAUGAAGAGGUGGGCGAUGUUACUUAAAAAAAAAAAAAUGAAGAGGUGGGCGAUGUCUGUUUCUUUUCAAAUCAUAAAGCUUAAAUUAGUUGGAUUCAGUUAAUAGUGGCUGCCUAUGCUGCUUCAAUGGGUCAGUUGAAUUUAUUCUUACUCUAUGUAAUGACUACUAAUCCUCGUCUACCUGUGUGUAUAUGGAUCUUGCUGGAAGUGCCUUCAAGUGCUAGGAUGCGAUCAUAGAAAAAAUCUCAUGCAAAUCUGGUUUUCCAUGGUUUCCCCCCCCCCCACCCCCCUGCAUCAUGGUGGCUCAUUACCUGGCCUUUCCCUCCUAUUUUCUUCCUUCUUGUUCUCUGCUUAAAUUCUUUAAAAUUUUCUUUUAGUGUUAAGCAUGCAAAAUCUUCUUCUAGUUACAUUUUUCCACAGGUUACGCAAUCAGCCUCAAGAAAAUUUUGUGGUGAUUUCUCAACUAUCAAAUGAAUUAUCUCAUUAGCUGUAUAUAAACGAUUGGUACAAUUUAGAGAAAUCCAAACGUGUGAAGGCAUUUAGAUGUGGUGAGUUUGAUGAAUGCAUUGAAAAAGCUGAAUCCUCCCAGGGCAUGCCUAUAAAGAAAAGAGAGAAAUAUGCACGUCGAGAAGAUGCUAUUCUGCAUGCUCUUGAACUUGAGAAGCAACUUCUGGAAAAACAAGGGAAGUUAGGUAUAGAUUCUGAUCGCAGAAGCAAUAAAUUAUCUGGUGGUUUGAAAAAGAGUUUAGUUAGUUGUUCAGAAAGUUAUGGAGAUGAUAAUGGAAAACAUGGAAAUUCCAAUUCACAUCAAUUUCCUAGCAGACAUGAAACAUAUCAUAAUGAUAAGUCCAUAGGUGGUCUCUCUUCACAGAAAGCCAUAGAUGGAAAUCAACAUAGUGGGGAUGAAGAUCAUUCUGAAAUUUUACCUCGGAUGAGAGGCUUGCAGGAUUUUGGUCUCAGGAUCACCCCUUCCAAACAAAGGCUUUUAUCUUCUGUUGCUUUGAAUGGUUCUCAGAAAUCUUCAGUUGAGCAUCAUGCUGAUGCUCUUCCGGGUGGUGGUGUCCUUAGUAUGGGAAAUGCAAGUCAGGCCAAUGGAGUGGAGCAGAUGGGAGUUACUUCCCGAGCAAAGAGGAGCAGAAGUCUCUACUUGACAGCAGAGCAUGGUGAUUCUUUUGAUUGUGGUGAAACUUCUCAAAGCCAUGUUGCGAUGUCCGCUUCCCAAUUUGGAGUGAGUAACUGUCUUCCUCAUCCUGGUUCUUUGAUUGAAGAAAACUCUUCUGCUUUUACAGAAGACGUUGAUGAUUCUUCCGAAACCAAUUCUUCAGACUCAGAGUCUGAUUCUUCCGAGACAGAACCAGAAAUCGAUGAAGAGACAACUUUACUAUCAGUAGCAGAAUGGAAUGCGCUGGGAAGAUCUGAAGCACAAGAACAUGGAAGCAUGAACAUUGAGGAGCAGGAUGGUUUAACAUUUUUGGGCGACACGUCUCACCUUUAUCUUCAUGACCAUGUUUCUGCUAAUGAUGCUGUGUCCAAAUGGCGAUUGAAAGGUAAAAGGAAUAUUCGCAAUAUUACCAAAAGGUCUGUGAAUGCAAGUGAUGGAAAAGGUUCCAUUCAGGGAAUGUAUUCUGAAGAAAAGGGAAGUGGUUUGAGGCAAAGAACAUUGAGGCAGAAUUUGAGUUUCCAUAGAAAUGAUGAUUUUGAUUAUAGUGUUGAUGACGAUGAUGAUGUUGAGGAUGAGGAUGGUGAUGAUAAUAUAAGUGAAAGGGAUUUUGGCAGUCAGAAAGUAAAAAUGGACGGUAGAUAUUCCUUGGCAUCAAGAGCUGCACCCAGGGGUCGAAAUAGUGUUGCACGUAAUAUGGCUGAUUGGGAGGACUUGACAUGGGAGGAUCGGUCUCCUUUGAGAGGAUAUUGGGGGGUUAAAGCGGAGCGUUUUGAUCCAUAUUUUAAUGCCCAUCGUCGUUUUGGUGGGAGGCCAAGAUCCAUGCUGGUCAAUGUGGAUUUGAAGGUUCAAGCAAGCUAUCAAAAAGAGCCUGUUCCUAUUGUGUCUCUGAUGAGCAAGUUAAAUGGGAAGGCAAUUAUAGGGCACCCAAUUCAAAUUGAAGCCCUAGAGGAUGGUUCAGCUGAAACUCUUCUUUCUACAGUCGAUUUUGGUAAUGAGGUGUUUAACAAUGAAAAUACAGCACUUCAGCCAGCUUGGAGGACUGCGAGGAGAACAGCAAACUUUCGGGUCCCGCGUCCUCAUUUAUCUUCAGUGCCGGAAGGUGAUGAAGCUGCCGAGGAUAUUCCCUUCUUAGGUCAAGAAAUGAAACCCCCGUUAAAGAAAUUAAAUGCAGGGAGUUUCAGUUAUAAGCCAUGCCCGGAUAGGAGUAACCUCCCUCUCAUUCCUCGGCCUCAAACUGACCUGAAGAUUUUGAAAAAGCCACCAAAGAAAGUAAGCUUGUCAUCAAGUCAGAAAACAAGAACUCUGUCUUCAAUAGCAACUGAUCAUAAUUUUAGUAUCAAGCCAAUACAAGAUGGCAAUAGUGGUUUCAUGGAUGGGCUGAUAAAGCCAGAGUCAUCUGGGCACACUACAGUUGCUUGCAUACCCGUUAAAUUAGUAUUCAGUAGGUUACUUGAGAAGAUCAAUAGGCCGCCAUCAAAAGCAGCUAGUAAAGCGGUUUUGUUGAAUGGUGAUGUGGAGAGAAAUCAGUCAUAGGUUACUUGUACAUUUUCACAUGGGAAACAAUAAAAUAUUAUACUGCUAGCACAACAGUUAUUGCUUAUCAGCAUUGUGAAGGUGAAGAUUCUGCUGCCCUUUUGAAUAAUGAGAUAAAGCAGGUAAUAGAGAAAGAAACCAUAGAUUGUUAUUUUUAAGGGACAUUAACUGCACAUUUGUAGGAACUGGGUUGGAAUUAGAGAAACAUAACUUGUGGUAGCCAGAAACAAGGUAAUUAGAACUUAUGUCCAAAGUUGGUACUUUGAAAUUUAUGUUGACGCAUGUAUAUUUUAUUUCUGUACAAGCUUAUUUAUGUACAUUUUUUAUUUUUAAAAGAAUAUAUGGAAAAUCAGGAAUAGUGGGGGAUCAAUUUAGAUUCGUUGUCGAAUCUGUAGUUGUGUUGAGCAAUUCAUUGCAGCAAGAGAUAUGGUCAGCUGUUUGAACUUU